ACAUGAGUUUAACGGCAAUUACAGAAUACAGGCCGAGUUUGUUUCUGAGCUCGCAGUAUUAAUCAUGGUGAAGAUGAAGAGAGUGAGUGAGGCAAUGGAUUUUAUCACCCCUUUCAAGUAUCCCAGUUAUGUCACUGACUGUCAGCGUGGUGUUGGGGGCAAGCAGGUGUGAUGCUGGCUUCCGACGUUCAUCAUCAUGGAGCAGAAGACAACUCAGAGGAGAUUCAUGGACAGGUUCAAGAUAUGAUCGACAGUCUGAGCUCGGCCGCGAGACGAGCGAGUGACGGUGACGCCAGUGACGUCAAGCGUGACGGACAGCUUCUGGGUUUCGGAGGCCGGUGUGGUUGGUACAACGACAAGUGUUCUGCUUGGACCACCCACUGCUGUGAUCCUUGGAAGUGCAAGUACCAGAAAUGGACCCAUCGCUUCUCCAAGACUGGGGGUCGCUGCCUCUAGACGCUGAGGUCGAUUUAAUAAAGCACCGUAUAAUGAG